AUGGUCAGCGUCCGCGCUCUCCUCCUCGCCGCCACCUGCUGCUGCGCGUGUCUGUGGCUCGCUCGCGGGGACGACUCGUCCUUGGAGACGCGCUCUUUGGAUUUCCCACUGAAAACGCAAGAAGAAAAAGACCUGAUUGAAGCUCUGCAAGAAGUUCUGGAGAAGCUGAGGAGCAAAGAGAUGCCAUCGGAGAAGAAGCUUGGCUGGCUUCCUUCGUGUGACGCCGGGGAGCAGUGCGCCGUGCGUAAAGGUGCUCGCAUUGGCACGCUGUGCAGCUGCCCUCGGGGGACUUCCUGUAACUUUUAUGUUCUCAAAUGUUUGUGA